CCUUCCCUCCCAAAGAAACAUCCAAUUCUUAAUUGCAACCAGAAGAAAGACGUGACAUUUUUAUUUAUAGAUUGAUCAAAGGCAAUGGAGGAACUUCUCUCAUCGGACGAAUCUGUUAAAGAUGGAUCAGUGGACCUCCAUGGCCACUCUGUUAUCAGAGCUCGCACUGGAACAUUUAAGGCAUCCCUUUUCAUAAUUGGGGUGGAGAUUGCAGAGAGGUUUGCUAAUUCUGGCAUAUCUUCAAAUUUGAUAACUUAUCUCACAAAUGUUUUGAAUGAAACCACUGCCAGUGUUGCAAGCAAUGUGAACAUAUGGUCAGGGGUACAAUGCAUUUUGCCUUUUUUGGGAGCUUUUGUUGCAGAUUCAUAUUUGGGUCGGUACUAGACAAUCCUUGUUGCUUCACUUGUCUAUUUGCUUGUCAGUAUUCUUUUCCUUCACAAAAUCAUUUUAUUUUUCAUUAUUAUUGAUGAGUAGAGUAAUUUGGAACGUAUUCCUCAAUUAGUAUACUUUCAGUGUAUCUUAUGAAAGUUUGUAAUUGAUUGGCAAAAAUUGGAGCUAUUUUAUGUAC